GAUGAUGUAAAGGUGUUGCGGAGGAGCCUGGAGGUGAGUGUGAGCCUCAGGAGGAGCAGCAGGGACUCGACAGGCAAGGAGUCGGACGAGUUUGAAGAGGAUUCAGUGGAGGAGCAGAUAGAGGUGGCCGAGAGCACUGAGAGUCUGCAGGACCUCCAGCCGCACUCCAAGGAAACUUCACGAGUAAACCGGGGCAAAAGUCAAAAAGAUCAAAAAAGGCAACAAUGUGCCUUAGAACCGGGAGAUCUCAUAGUCCUAGACUUUGGACCUUUACCUAAAAGUACUAAGCAAGAGCGAUUGCUUACAGCAAAAAGAAAAGACAACAUUGAGACUUAUAUUCCCACCAAACCCAUGAUGGUGAAAAGUAAUUUAUCUGACAGACCACCCUCCUCCUCCUCUUCCUACAGAGAUCUCUCUAGGCCUGGAAGUCGUGUAGAGAGGCCUCUGUCGGCCGCUAGGAGACCCCCGUUUGAGGAAAAGGACCCAGAGGAGUCUGUCUCUGCUGUCCUUGAGGCAGUGCAGAGGGAGAAUAAACCCAUUCAGAAAGAGACGAGGCCCAUGCCAACAGAAAAAGCAGUUGAUCGAAAACUGCUGAUGUCAUCCUCUGCUCUGGCGAUAAACGGAUCAAUUCCCUCUACUUCUGCAGAGACAGUGGGAGAAAGUGAAGUAACCAAGGCCAUGGAGAGAAUCAGAUUGCUGGAACUAAGUCAGCAGAAAAAGCUUUUAAAGGCACUAGAAAGAAUUGAGGUUGAUUCCUGUCUGGAUAAAAAAAGUAUUGACACAACAGAGAAAGCGCAGGCUCAGAAAGGGGCCGAGGUGACAGGCUCAGUCUAUGUGACACUGGAGAUAUUGUCCAACUGGGGGGACUGCAGCAGAGUAGGCCUGACUGAGGUGCAGUUCUUCAGCUUGAAAAACCACAAGCUUUACGUGUCUAUACAUGAUGUUGAUAUCAGAAAUGCAGAUUACUCCGGAGAUCUAGGUGCACUAAUAAAUGGAAAAACUAAAACCACAAAGGCACGCCAGAUGUGGACAUGCUCCUUCCACUCGCCAGUCCAGCUGUAUUUCAUUAUUCGCAAUCCAGAGCGCUCGCAGGAUUUAGGCAUUUCCAAGAUCAAAAUAUGGAACUACAACAGGAGCCUCAAUGAUUUGGAUAUUGGAGCCAGACAUGUUAGAGUUUACCUCGAUAGUAUUCUGAUGUUCGAUGGGGAGCUGGAGAAAGGCUGUGGAAACCAGGUGUUUGACUACAGCACUACUAUUGACCUCAGCCCCACAAAACAGGUGGCUCUAUCCAGUCCUGUUUCAAGAGGCAGCUCUGAUAACAGCAAAAACUGGAGUAGCAGGUGUCCGAGCCGGGAAUGUGCUUCAGUCAGCUGUAGCUUCUCUAUGGAUGAGGGUGAAAGAGAAAAAAUUCUCAAGGGGAAGAGUGAUAGUGGUGGCCUAAUGGAAGACCUUAAAAUGACUUUAGCUUCUGCUGCUAAACUGGAGCGACAGACACAGAGUGACUAUUUUGAAACCAACCAAGAUUCACAUUUGGACGAUGAGUUAACGAUGAAACAACAGCUGGAAAAAUCAACAGGGAAAAAAAUAGUGGAGUCAACGUUUUCCAGGACACCAUCAUGGUUACAACCGAUAAACAAGGACAGCCAGGAAGGGACAGAGUACGGCAAAGAGAGACCUCCUUGGCUUUCCAAAGACCAGAAUGAAGACUUCAAACGAACUUCAGUUUGUGAGCUGCCGGAACUGUCCAGCAAUCCAGUAAAAACUCGUAAGGGCACCGUGUCCAACACUGAAAGGAAUCUGGAUGGAGAUCCGAGUCUCCUUACAGCAGAUGACAGAAACGGCUCACUGGAUUUAGAUUUUUUUGGUAAGGCUGCAGAGAAGGACUGCUACACCACAUCACUGCUGGAAGACUUUUUUCAGAAACCUGAUCGACCCCUUAGUGGCAGGAGAAGCGCAAUGAGAAACUUGAUGCAACAGGAGUUACUCAAUACCAAUGGAACACAAGGUCUUCCUAGAAUCGAUGACCAAAGUCAAAGGCAACGCACCUCCCGAGCCAAGUGGCGCAGUGAGCAGGAUGACUUAUUGCUGGAGUCCUGGAAUUCGCUGUUGAAGUUCAACCAGUCCCAGCGUGGGCGCAUCUCCAACAUGGACUUCGAGGGGGACAUAUUCGACGAGUUCCGGCAGCAGCGGACCGGCCGACCAGAGGCAUCGGUUCCAGGAGUUCCCAGACCCCAGAGGCAGGCACUGCUGCAGGACGAACUGGAGGAGGACCCCCUUAGCGAGGCUGACAAGGACGACGAAUUUGAAAUCCCUGUACUGCCCCGUGGCCAGCAUUUGGUCAUCAACAUCCUAUCCACCUGGGGGGAUCGGCACUAUGUUGGGAUGAAUGGGAUGGAAAUUUUCAGCUCCACUGGAGAGCCCAUUCAAGUAGCCCGUAUCCGAGCAGAUCCACCUGAUAUUAACAUCCUGCCCGCCUACGGUCGAGACCCCAGAGUGGUGAGCAAUCUGAUUGACAGUGUAAAUAUGACACAGGAUGACAUGCAUCUCUGGCUGGCCCCUUUUACUCCAGGGAGAACACACGUCAUUUACAUUGACUUUGAAACCCCCCACCAGGUAGCCAUGAUCCGGAUCUGGAACUACAAUAAGUCCCGUAUACAUUCCUUCCGUGGGGUCAGGGUGGUAGAGAUGCUGUUGGAUGGACAAUGUAUCUUUAAAGGUGAAAUAGCAAAGGCUUCAGGGACACUGUCUGGAGAUCUGGAGCAGUUUGGGGACACUAUACUGUUCACAACCGAUGAUGACAUCUUAGAAGCCAUGUCUCACUAUGAUAACACCUUCAAUGGUGAUUUGGACAGUUCCCAGGGGCUAGUUAAUGAAGAGGAGUUAAACCGGCCCAGAACUGCGGACGGAGAGGGAGAGGAAAGACCUUUCACACAGGCUGGCUUCAGAGCAGAGGACCAUCAGGAACAUCAUCCUACAUCAAACCACUUGCCUGAAGUGUCCAAUCAGGUGCCAGGAACAUAUACUGGAAAGUGCCUUAAAUUAAAUUUGAUUUCGACGUGGGGUGACUCACAUUACGUGGGAUUGACUGGGUUUGAGGUUGUUGGCAAGGACGGUCAGGCCCUUCCAUUAAGCAUGAACAUUAUGGACGCCUCUCCCCGGGAUCUCAAUGAACUGCCAGAGUACAAUGAGGAUUCCAGAACCUUAGACAAACUGAUAGACGGGUCCAAUGUCACCAUGGAAGAUGAGCACAUGUGGUUGAUUCCUUUUACCCCUGGGAAAGAUCACAUUCUAACUGUGUCUUUUGAAAAGCCUGAGACUAUAGCUGGGCUCCGCUUCUGGAACUACAACAAAUCACCAGAAGAUACUUACAGAGGGCUGAAGUUAGUCCAUGUUACUCUUGAUGGGUUUUGCAUCUCACCACCAGAGGGCUUCCUCAUACGAAAAGGUCCUGGUAACUGCCAUUUUGACUAUGCCCAGGAGGUCUUGUUCAUUGAUUUCUUACAGCCGAGCAGUGGACUCAAAACCAAACAGCAGCUGAGGGGUAACUCAAAGAGUGUGGAACAGGCUAGCAUGGACUAUGAAGCCCCUCUGAUGCCAUGUGGCUUUAUUUUCCAGCUGCAACUGCUGACAAGCUGGGCUGACCCGUACUACAUUGGAUUGAACGGCCUGGAGUUCUACAAUGAACACAACGAGAAGAUCACUCUCACAGAAAACAACAUCGCUGCAUAUCCAGACAGUGUGAAUGCAUUGGACAGCGUCACAGGAGAUGUGAGGACUCCAGACAAACUAAUAGAUGGAAUAAACAAUACCCAAGAUGGAAGACACAUGUGGUUGGCCCCAGUCGUGCCUGGUUUGGUGAAUCGGGUGUAUGUUAUUUUCGAUCAGCCAAUGACUGUGUCAAUGAUAAAACUCUGGAACUAUUCUAAAACCCCUCAAAGAGGAGUGAAAGAGUUUGGGCUGCUGGUGGAUGAUCUGCUGGUAUACAAUGGAAUUCUGGAUGCAGUGAGCCAUGUGUCCCGGGGAAUACUGCCAACCUGCGACCCUGUUGUUCCAUAUCACACCAUCCUGUUCACAGACGAUGAGGCAAUUGCUUUACGAGAGAAAAAAACUGUGAUCAGCCCUCUAUCGAGCAGGAAUCAGGAAGACAACUAUGUUGAAGACCAAGAUGUGAGGAUGACCAAUGAGAACCAAAUCGUUCACCACAACAAGAACAAGCAAACUGCAGAUCCAGCUUUGCGACCAAAAACCUGCAUGACAGACAGAGGGCAGCAGGGCAACAGAAGAUACUAAAAACUAUUUCAAACCACGUGUUCUUCAAAAUGCAGAUAAAUAACAUGUGGACAGAAAGCAAACCUGGACAAUUUUCAUCUAACCUGAGUGAGUGUGAUGAGGGUGGAGGUGCCAGGCUGGGUCAGAUGUUAAACUCAGUAACUGUAGGGUUUUUUGUCCAUCUCAAGGAGAAGAGCUUUUUUGUACCUGUUGCAGCAUAUUUGUGUCACAUUUAACUCUCCAGUGUCACCUGGAAAGAGCAUUACUGUUGCAUGCUUUUUACACCAGUAAAGAACAUUACCAUUCACUAAAUACGAACAUUUACCGUGCCUGUGCUGACAUUUAAAAACACAUUUGGUAGACACUGCUAUUUGUUUGACACACAACACUUUAUAUGAAAGUCAUAGUCUUAGCACAGUUUAUUUUGAAAAUGGACAUGUACUUUAAAGAAUAAAACACUGCUAUUGUGUAUACAAUGUUCUUUUCUGCUCAGUGCUUUGGGAUAAAUUAAGGAUUGCCCUUGGGAGUUUCCUGCUUCAAGGCCAUUUUCUUGUAUAUAUUUGGUGCAAAGAUUAUGUUCUAUGUAAAGAGUUUUUUUUUUUUUUUUUUUUAAAUCAGUAACGUCAAAAUAAAUGUAUAUUUAAUGUAGGUUUACUUUUUAUUAAUAAAAUGUUCUCCAGAAGAAAUAACUGGAUUUGCCUUUCAUUUGUUUAAUGGUCAAAUUAUUUGGCUUGGGGAGGCACGGACAGGUUUCAAAUGUAGGACUAAUAUGAGCGGUGCAAUGCAAGCUUUAUAUUGGUUGUUUGGGUCCAUUAUGUGUUUUUUCAUUUAACUAAUGCAGCGCUCAAACACAGACCAAUUCAUCUGGGAAUAGUAGGGAUUAAAAAAAAUACUUUCAACCUGUUAGCCUGUUUCUUGCCUUCUUUUAAAAGGUAUAAUAAGGACCCUUUACCCAG